CGUCCAAAUCCUGCUCCGUUCCGAAGGAGGGAAUCAUGAUCGAGUGAGUGAAAACGUGCAACGAACAGGAGAAGCUCAAGACACAAAGAGAGGGGGAGAGCAAUGGUGAAAUUGACAGAGUUAAUGACUAAUGUGCUGGAAGGAGACUCAAUGGAGCAGGACGUGGAGAGCCCUGUUACAAUUCAUCCACCAAAGUUGCCCAAACAAGCCAGAGAAGAUCUGCCAAAGCACUUAAGCAAAGAAUAUACCAAGAGAAAAAUCCAGAGGUAUGUUAGGAAGGACGGAAAGUGCAACGUCCACCAUGGAAACGUGAGAGAGACUUAUCGAUACCUGACUGAUAUCUUCACAACGUUGGUUGACCUCAAGUGGAGAUUCAACCUUUUUAUAUUUGUCUUGGUUUAUACCGUGACUUGGCUGUUCUUUGGAUUCAUCUGGUGGCUAAUUGCAUACAUCCGAGGAGAUAUGGAGCACAUAGGAGAUAAGAAAUGGACUCCAUGCGUCAGUAACCUCAAUGGGUUUGUCUCAGCCUUUUUAUUCUCCAUAGAGACAGAAACCACCAUUGGGUAUGGUUAUCGAGUCAUCACAGACAAAUGUCCUGAAGGAAUUAUCCUGCUUUUAGUUCAGUCAGUUUUAGGAUCUAUUGUUAAUGCUUUCAUGGUUGGCUGCAUGUUUGUAAAAAUAUCCCAGCCCAAGAAGAGGGCAGAAACCCUGGUGUUUUCUACCAAUGCUGUAAUUUCCAUGCGAGAUGGAAAGCUGUGUCUGAUGUUCCGAGUUGGGGACCUUAGGAAUUCACACAUUGUGGAAGCAUCAAUACGAGCCAAGUUAAUCAAGUCUAAACAGACAAAGGAGGGGGAAUUUAUACCACUCAACCAAACAGAUCUCAAUGUAGGUUAUUAUACUGGGGACGAUCGUCUGUUUUUGGUUUCACCACUGAUCAUCAGCCAUGAAAUAAACCAACAGAGUCCUUUCUGGGAGAUUUCCAAAGCCCAAUUGCCCAAAGAGGAAUUAGAAAUAGUUGUAAUCCUAGAAGGAAUGGUGGAAGCAACAGGGAUGACAUGCCAAGCUCGAAGUUCUUAUGUUGCCAGUGAGAUCCUGUGGGGUUACCGUUUUACACCAGUUCUCACCCUAGAGGAUGGAUUUUAUGAAGUUGAUUACAACAACUUUCACGAAACAUACGAGACCAACACACCAUCUUAUAGUGCCAAAGAACUGGCAGAGAUGGCCAGUCGAGCAGAAUUACCCCUCACUUGGUCAGUGUCCAGCCAGUUGGACCAGCAUGCUGUAAUGGAUACUGAAGAAGAGGCCAAGAGCCAUGAAGAACAAACUGAAAGGAACGGGGAUGUGGCAAACUUAGAGAAUGAGUCCAAAGUUUAGAACUUAGGAUGGGACAGAAAACCACAAAUUGUCCUUUAAAGGGGUGGGGAGAAGGCGAGGCAAUUAAGGUUUGAAAUGCCUGUCUGCUCAUAAGAUGAGCCAAGAGUUGGGUUUAAGCUGCAAUAUUCCUUCUUUUACAAUGUAAUCUCUUACCACUGUUGUGUUUUUCAAUUGGAAAACUCAAGUGUUCUCACAUGCAGGUAUCUGGUUUGGGGUUGGUGUUUUGUUUUUUAAGAAAAAGGGCAGAAGUCCAUUAGCCUGGGCCAAAAAAAUGGAGUGACUGUAAGUAAUGUUCAUUCACGUUCUGAGCUUUAACUCCAGCUUUUUUUAUAUAUCCCCCCAAGAUAGUUUUGAAUGCGAUGCCUGCAUUGCAGCUUUAAGACUCAAGGUGAGCAGAGAGAUCUGCAGUUCAAUGAGAUACUGUACAUAUGCCUUAUGUAAUUUCUUCCUCUUUCAGUUUAGUAAUAAACCCAGCAUGUACAAAAGUACUGUAGUAAAGAACCUCUAAAUAAUGUAUAUAUGUGUGCAAUUAAUGUAGGUUUAGAUAUAUAAUUUAGAAAAUAAUGGGAUGCAAAAAACAAAACCCACCAUGGAGAUGGCAUUUUAGUUCUAAUACCAGAAGUUUAUUAGCGUUUGUUUGGCACCCUUAUAUAACUGCCCUAUUAAUGCAUGCCAUUUUCCUCAUUGUACCAGACAGGCAGCUAUUUAGAGUACCUCACUCUUUUCUUAAGCGAUGAUUUAGAUAACUCUGAAAAGCCAUACGUCUGGGGAGGGGGAGGGCACUGAGGGCAGAGAAAUUACAACAUGAUUCCUGAUAUACUGUGAAACUGUUUACAAAACGAUUCUGUCCUUUAUAACGUUAUAUGGUGAAACCAUUUAUAGUUAUUCGGGCAGAACAGGUAGAAUUUAACUGCGGCUGAUUCUUGUCAAAGGCAAGGAUUUCUUUGUAUGGCAUUUGUCUACAACAGGUGUGUGUUGGGCUAUUACCCCUUAAGUGCAAUACCUUGGGGAACUUUUUGGUUUUCAGAACCAUUCAGUUGA